GUAGGGACCGAGAGCGUGUCUUGUAUUAAAGUACGCAUGCUGAAGAUGGUGGUCAUUUACUGUUGGUAAAUCAUAGAUAUUGCUGUAAAUUGUUUGCCGGAUUGAACCGAUUUAUCUUUUACACUUUUUUAUAGGUUUUUUGAUGCAUUUAACGAUCGGAGGUAGCUUUUAUAUUUGCGUUUUUUGAGGAGGUAAAGUAACCAACCCACCAAUAACAUGAAAAUCAAACGACAGAAAAUAGCGAAAAAAACCAUAAGUUUCUACAAAUACAACUUUAGCUUCAGGGAACCUUUUCAAAUCCUCAUCGACGGGACUUUUUGUCAGGCAGCUUUGAAAAACAAGAUUCAGAUCAAGGAGCAACUGCCGAAGUACCUGAUGGGGGAAGUGCAGCUGUGCACCACAAACUGUGCAUUGAAAGAGCUGGAAACCCUGGGCAAGGAGCUAUAUGGAGCCAAAAUCAUCCUGCAGAGGUUUCAGGUCAGGAAAUGUCCCCACUUCAAGAGUCCAGUUCCUGCCUCUGAAUGUCUGCUGUCCAUGCUGGGGGACACAAACCCACACCACUACUUUGUUGCCACACAGGACUACGCAGUGACUACAGGCCUUAAGAAGAUCCCGGGGGUCCCUCUGCUCUACAUCAUCCUCAACACCAUAGUGCUGGACAAGCCCAGUCAGUCGUCCCUCGACCACGUCCAGGCCGUCCAGCUGGGAGGGCUGGUGAGUCCGGCUCAGCAGCAGAACAUCCGCACCAUGAAGGGGGAGCAAGGCAUCGAAGUGAAGGACACAGAGAGGCGGGGCAAGAAGAGGAAAAGGAAACAGAGCAACCCCAACCCUCUGAGCUGUUUGAAGAAGAAGAAGAAGAAAGGAGUUCCCACACCGCCGCUGAAAAAAACAGAGGACAGGGCGAAGAGGAAAAGGAGCCGACACAAGAAACACAAGCCGGAGGGAGGAGAUAAGGCGACUCUGCCGGUUAUUAAUGCAUAGAAUAAGACGAAACAAGAGACUUUAUUAAAGCUAAAGUAUUAUUGGAAGAUACAGAUAUAAAUAGAAAUUACACAGGUAGAACAGAGCCAGGACUGGACCACAGAACACCUCAAUACAACCUUUAUUGUCCUUAAAAGUGAAAGCAACACUUUUGAUGUUUUAUCACAAGUGUUGGUUCAGUGGCAGAAUGUUUAAUUUACCAAAAGUGUCAGAGCUGUGUGAUCAAGAUACUUUAAUAAAUCGACCAAAAAUCAAGAAUGAAUUUUAGUUUCAUAUUUUUCCACAUACACUUCAUUCUCCAGUGGUGAACUGUCAACAUCUGGGCAGAUUUAAAGAGGUCAUAUUUUGCUAAACCCACUUUUAU